AUGGCUUCUGCCUCUCCGACUCAUUCCACUACCUCUACAUUGACGUCGCUAUCUAGCCUGACUACGCCUGCUACCUCAAAUCAGCCCAAUGCGCGAGCAGCAUCCCCGGUUCCUAGUAGCAACAACUCGGUGUCAGGGCAGGCCAAUGCCCAGCUGGGCAUAUCCACAAAUGGCGCCAAGCCUCAGAAGAGGAGGAAGCUCACCCCCAAGGAGCAAGAGGAGAAGAGGCUAGAAAAGGAGGUCAAAGACAAGGCGAAGGCUGAGGCCAAAGCUCAGAAGGACGAGGAGAAGCGGGCCAAAGACGAGGAGCGUCGGAAAAAGAACGAGGAAAAAGAAGAAAAGAAGCGAGCUAAAGAGCUUGAACAACAACAGAAGGAGAACGAGAAGCGGAAGAAAGACGAGGAAAAGCAGAAGAAGGAAAAGUCUCAGCUGCGCUUGAAUGCGUUCUUCAAGCAACCUCCAAAAGGCUCCAUGGAUAGCCCCGGCAAACCCGUUCUGUCAGCAGACCCAAUGGACAGGAGGAAGUCGCUGUCCCUAGAGCCUGGAAUACCGUCACGCUCCCCGUCCCCAAGUAAGCGAGCUACGAAGCUAACCGACUAUGAACGAUGCUUUCUUCCUUUCGAGCUUCCCUCCCGUUCUAUCAUGGCAGCGUAUAAUCAAUUCAUCGGUGGCGAGGACGAGUUGGAAGUAGCUCGCCAGCGGCUGGACAAUAUGUCACAACACCAGGAAUCCAUGGAAAUCAGCCAGCCUGAAACGUUCAAGUCUCAAUUGACCAGCCGCGGCCCUCGCGGCCUAAAAACCGUCCCGAUGAAGGACAUCAUCGCCCAUAUUAACGGGUCAUCGGCACAUCCUAUCGACCUGACCGACGCAGAUACCAAGUCCAACACACAGCCCUUAGACUUGCUCAAGAAAGUACCCAUGAAAUAUCUUUUCUUCCCUGAGGAUGUCCGACCACCGUAUUAUGGUACAUUUACGAAAGUUCCCACUCUGCACGAGGCAGCCAGGUUGGCCCGGAACCCCUUCCACCGUGGAUUACCCGAAACCGACUACGACUACGACUCGGAGGCGGAGUGGGAAGAGCCUGAGGAAGGAGAGGAUCUAGACUCGGAAGGCGACGAUGAUUCCGAGGCAGACGACGAUGAUUUGGAAAGCUUCCUCGACGACGAGGACGCCGCAGAAAAUAAAAGGAGGCUUAUUAGCGGAGAUCUUGAGCCUGUCAGCACGGGACUUUGCUGGGAGGAUGCGAAGGGAGUUGCCAGACGAGCGGAUGGCUCCAAAGAGGUCUUUCUCGAGUUCCGGGAGCUGAAAAUGGGGAUGCUUCUCGAACCGCGUCCGAAAUCCAUCGAUCCAUUCUCGACUGAGUACUGGGAGAAGGUACCUGCCGUCUCUCCUCUCACCUUGCAAUCCAGAGACAGUAAAGCAGGCACUGUCAACGGCUUGAUGAAUCCGCCAAGACUACCUCUUACGUCACGGCCAAACUCCAUGGUCAAUGGCCACAACGUACUCCUCGCAGGCAAGCCGGGGCCGAAGCCACCUAAGGUGCCCGGUGCUGCACAAGCUGCAAAACCGAAGCGAAUGGUACCUCCAGAACAGCUACAAGCGUUCAAAACUGCGAUCUCGGGCAGUGACAUGACCAAGAUCGCGCUGGUGGAGGCGUUGAAAAAGCAAUUUCCUAAGCUACCAAAGGACGUGAUCAACAACACCCUCAGCAACGUUGCGGCACGUGUCGGCGCGAAAGAGGUCGAGAAACGAUGGGUCCUGCUCGCGCCUUGA